AUGGCCAAUUUCACCCUGGUGACUGAGUUUCUCCUGGAGGUUUUUGCUGAGACAUGGGAGCUCAGAAUCCUCCUCAGUGUGAUGUUCCUGCUGGUGUACCUGGGAAGCCUGUUAGGGAACCUUACCAUCAUCAUUGCUACCACAGUUGACCAGACGCUGAACACUCCCAUGUACUUCUUCCUCAGAAAUCUAUCCAUCUUAGACAUGUGCUACAUUUCUGUCACUGUCCCCAAUGCCUGUGUCAACUCUCUCACUGACCAAAGGAAUAUUUCUAUGACUGGGUGUGCAGCCCAGAUCUUUUUGGUCUUCUUUUGUGCAUGUGUAGAAAUUCUCUUUCUUGCUGUCAUGGCUCACGACCGCUAUGUGGCCAUCUGUAAGCCUCUUCUCUACCCUAUAAUCAUGAACCACCAAAUCUGUGUUCAGAUGACAUUGGCUUCCCUACUUAGCUCUCUUGUCAUUGCAGGCAUGCACACUAUCAAAACAUUCCAGCUGUCCUUCUGUCAUUCUAACAAGGUACCCCAGUUCUUCUGUGAUGUCCCAUCUUUGCUGAGACUUUCUUGCUCGGACACCUUUACUAACAAACUGUUAAUUCUUCUGUCUGCCAUUGUGGUCAGUGGUAGCUGCUUUAUCUUAAUUGCUGAAUCAUAUGUUCACAUAUUGUCAACUGUGUUGAGAGUUCCUGUCAAAGGAGAGCGAGGGAAGGCUUUUUCCACCUGUGUCCCUCACAUUAUUGUGGUGUCUUUGUUUCUUAUUUCUGGUGCUUAUGUGUAUCUAAGAACUCCAGUAACAUCAGAAGUAGUUCAGGAGAUGACUCUUUCUGUAUUAUAUAGCAUUGUUCCACCAUUCUUAAAUCCUAUCAUCUAUAGUCUUAGAAACAAACAAAUAAAGGAGGCUGUGAGAAAAGUAACAUUAAGAAUUUUUUUCAGAGUUGAAUAUAAAAAUAUUGUAUUGGUCAUGGUUUAA